AUGACACCCACCACUACACCUAAAAGCCUCAUGGAUUCGUUUCCUCACACCACGCUAACACCCAUUGCAACUACAACUUCGUAUCCAACGUACGAAAACCUACGUAAAAUGCAGUGGGAGCUUAACGACAAUGCUGAAUCUAUCGAAUCCGAAUUCGGCGACGGCAAUCACGGCCACAUCUUUCUCGUCAUUCCCGAAGCCGAGUAUCUCGAACUCACCGACGGCAUUCCUUGUGUGCCACCCGAAAAACCUCCUAUCAACGUUGACCAUCCAAAUGGAGCCACCGCUCCUCAGAUCACCGAAGCGAACCGUCGCAACACCAAUGAAAAAUUUGCGUACAAACAGUACCACGACGCCACCAAGGCUAUUCGCAACCAGCUCAUUGCGGCCAUUCCCCUCAGCUACAUUGAGUCCCUCAGUCACCCAACUCGCGGUUUCAACAAAGUUCCUCCCAUCGACAUCAUUACCCACCUUUGGGCACGCUUUGGAAAAAUCCGUUCCAGCGACUUGCGUGCCAACGAAAAACGCAUGAAAGCAGCCUGGCACCCCCCGACUCCCUUCCAGGACCUCAUCAAACAACUCGACGAUGAAAUCAUUGAUGACCAUGCCCUUGCCCGAAUGGGUUACGACAUCAUUGACGACACUGGCUUGUUUGACCUCGCUUGUCGUGAAUAUCGUUUCAAAGACGAAAUCGACAAAACCAUGGCCACCUUUGAAGAGCAUUUUCGUCUCGCUGACCUUGAUCGUACCCUCACCGUUACCACCAAAUCCGCCGGCUUCCACGGAGCAAACCAGAUGUCCGCUACCACUACCCCCACUCCAUUGAACACCGGUAAGCAGUCGUACUGCUGGACUCACGGCAUUCUGAAGAAUCACAAACAUACCAGCUUAACAUGCGAGAAAAAAGCCGACGGCCACCAAGACGCCGCCACCCUCCAGAACAAACUCGGCGGAUCCACCAAGUUUUCAGUUGACACCAACACUCCUGCAAUAGCUUCCUCCCCGCCUCAUUUCCCCACCAUUGCCAUUGCCGAUACCGGAUGCACCGGACAUUAUCUGAGCACCAACAUUGCCCAUAUAAAUUCCACUCCUGCCAAUCCUGGCAUCACCGUCACCUUGCCGGAUGGCAGCACCAUUGUUUCCAGCCACGUCACAGAGCUCGACAUCCCAGACCUUCCUCUUGAAGCCCGUAUUGCCCACAUUUUUCCUAAAUUAUCGUCGGGUUCCCUCAUCUCAAUUGGACAACUAUGUGAUCAUGGCUGCACCGCCACCUUUACCUCUAGUGCAGUCACCAUUUCUCUCAACGAAAAAAUCAUUCUUCGCGGCACUCGAUCUGCCCCAAACCGCCUGUGGAAUUUGAAUGCGCCCAGCGUGACUCCCACUGCCGCACCAAUUCCUCCCCCUGGCUUUCCCGUCGCCAACCACCUUGAACAUACCUCUUCCCUCUCUGAUCGGAUUGCAUUUGUACACGCCUCAUUAUUCUCGCCACAAUUAUCCACUUGGUGCAAGGCCAUCGACGAGGGCCGCCUGACAACUUUUCCCGACAUUUCUUCUGCCCAAGUGAAACGACACCCUCCUCAGUCUGCGCCCAUGCACAAAGGCCACUUAGAUCAACAACGAGCCAACAUAAAGUCCACUCAGCUCAAGCCCUCUGCUCUACUUGCUUCGGCACCCCACGGUACCGAACACGACGAAAAUCCAGUCCCCGACAACCCACCGGCCCUUCGAUCGAACUUCUUGUAUGCCGAUGCCUACGAAGCCACCGGAAAAAUCUUUUCGGACCUCACAGGACGCUUUGUGACCUCCUCCAGCUCCGGCAACGCAUACAUGCUUGUAGUCUAUGACUACGAUAGCAACUUCAUCCACGUCGAACCCAUGAAAAAUCGUACCGGUCCCGAGAUCCUGGCGGCCUACCGCCGCGCCUUCGACCUUUUUUCCUCUCGAGGACUCCGUCCCCAGCUCCAACGACUUGACAAUGAAGCCUCCGCUGCCCUGCAACAAUUCAUGACUGACUCCAAGGUUGAUUUUCAGUUAGUGCCACCUCAUUUACAUCGGCGCAACGCUGCCGAACGAGCCAUACGCACCUUUAAAAAUCAUUUCAUCGCCGGGCUAUGCAGCACCGACAAAGAUUUCCCACUUCACCUCUGGGACCGCCUUCUCCCACAAGCAAUCAUGACCUUGAACCUUCUCCGCGGCUCUCGAAUUAACCCUAGACUCUCUGCUUGGGCCCAAGUUCACGGCGCGUUCGACUUUAACCGCACUCCACUGGCGCCCCCUGGCGUAAAAGUUCUCGUACACGAAAAGCCGUCUGUACGCAAAACAUGGGCUCCUCAUGCCGUCGACGGAUGGUACAUUGGCCCUGCCAUGCACCACUACCGAUGCCACCGAGUCUGGAUCCACGGCACCACAAGCGAACGAAUCGCUGACACCCUCACUUGGUUCCCGUCGAAAGUGAAAAUGCCAACCACGUCAUCACACGACACCGUCGUAGCGGCAGCCCGCGACCUUGCCAAGGCCCUUUCCAAUCCCACUCCUGCCUCUCCACUUGCACCAUUAGGCACCCAAGAGCGCGCUGCUCUCGAGCAAUUAUCGAACAUUUUUUCGAAUUUUUCGGACCCGUCCAUCACUCUCGAAACGAAAUCUCCUGCUGCUCCCUCGGUACCCCGACCAGCCCCUGCAACAACCCCACUGCGAGUCCAAUUUCAGGACCUGCCCACGGAACCACUUCCGAGGGUGCCUCCCGUUCCCACUGCACCAGUUACACCGCACACACUUCCGAGGGUGCCAAUUCUGGUCCCCGACACAGAAACUUACAAGCUCGUAACCUACUCCCCUUUUAACCAACCCGGCAGCACCAACGGCUCCCCAUCACGGUCACGCUUUUUGUCAAACGAUGUGGUAUUGGUUACGGCAAGGUCAAGAAAAAAAGAAUUUUCAUGUGCUAUAGUUUGGGCCAAAAUUCUUCCAAGAGAUUCCAAGACGCUCGUCUUUUGUUCCACUCCGAUCGAAUGCAUUUCCGUGUCGAGGACCCUCGAGCCAUUCUUGCGAGUUGAAGAUAAGGCAAGACGAUGGAGCCCCGUAGGCUGCCAAAGAACUGUUGAUUCGGUUAAGAGAAAUAAGCGAAGACUCCGUUCCAAGCCUCCCGACGAAACCGAUUUCGUCCCAAUCCGUCUGCCUCAGAGCUUUUUGGGAUGCAUGAAUCGACAAGAACGACAGCAGAAUAACAGCAGCUCCUGCAAAAUAGACAAUGAAAUAAUUCGAGAAAUGGCGAUUCAUUUCCCCAACUUUUGGUGA